CGUUUCUGAUGUCGUUCGCGCCAACUCUGAUAUUCUGACCUUCACCAUCCACAUGGUUCCGCCCGUUAUUCUCCGGACCAUGCACCGUAUAUAAGCUAGAUCAAGAAGCGCAUCGUUGGCAAUCAACUCACCGCGCUCGCUACACGAUGGGCAAACUUCUGUCAUCGGUCUUUUGCGCCGUACUCCUCUCCGCAUCAUCCAAUGGCGCGCCCGCUCUCAAUGUGGAACUGGGGACGAGUGUCGCGUCGUCUGACGCUCCAAGUCAGACUGUGUUACUCGCAAGCGACAAUCCCAAUGGCAUCGAGUGGAAUAUGACCACCGACGCCGUCCCCCAGCCCAUCCGCGGUUCACUUGGAGCAACGAUCCUGGCUCAGCAGAACGUCGCCAUUGACAGGCAGAAUCCUGACUUGCUGGCACCGCCCACUACCGAUCAUGGAAUGGUCGGUAGUGUAAAGUGGCCUUUUAGCUUAAGCCCUAACCGUCUUCAGACGGGCGGAUGGGCUCGACAGCAGAACGUCGAUACUCUUCCGCUAGCGACAUCGAUGGCAGCGGUCGACAUGCGCCUAGAGGCCGGGGCUAUUCGCGAACUUCACUGGCACAAGACCGCUGAAUGGGCAUAUGUGUUGAACGGAUACAUGCAGGUGACUGGGGUCGACACAGAAGGGCGCAAUUUCCUAGGGACCGUGGGUCCCGGAGAUCUGUGGUACUUCCCGCCUGGAAUUCCUCACAGUCUGCAGGCGACCAACGAGUUAGAGGACGGUGCAGAAUUCCUAUUGGUCUUUGAUAGCGGAGAUUUCAACGAGGACUCGACUUUCUUGCUGACGGACUGGCUGGCGCAUACCCCCAAAGAAGUAUUGGCGAAGAAUUUCGGCACGACAAUCGCCGCAUUUAACAACAUCCCAGGAGAGGAAUUGUACAUUUUCCCGGCCGACCCUCCUCCGGUGGAUGUGACUGCCCCGGAAGAUCCUCAAGGACAAGUUCCUAACCCGUACAUUUACAAGCUAUCUGAAGUGACUGCGACGCAACUUGCUGGAGGAACUGUAAAGAUCGCCGACUCGAGGAACUUCACCGUGUCGACUACGAUUGCUGUUGCUGAAUUGACUGUAGAGCCUGGAGGAAUGAGAGAACUACACUGGCACCCGACGGAGGACGAAUGGACGUAUUACAUCUCGGGAAAUGCACGUGUGACCGAGUUUGCGUCCUCGGCGACUGCGCAAACGUUUAAUUACGGGCCCGGCGACAUUGGCUUUGUGCCAGCAUCUUACGGGCAUUACGUAGAGAACAUUGGCAACGACACCUUGCAUUAUCUGGAGGUCUUCAACACUGAUAUAUUCCAAGAUAUCAGUCUUAAUCAGUGGCUGGCCUUGAUCCCCCCGGCUUUGGUCAAGGAACACUUGCAACUCUCUAAUGAGACUAUUGCGCAGCUGAGCAAGACAAAGCCUAUCGUAGUUGGUUCGACUAAGGUUUAAUACUUCCGCUUGCGUACGUGGUCUCGAAAUUUCAUAUGCUAUGAUUCUACACGAAUGUGCCUUAGUCUCCAUAUGGUACAGGAAGACAUUGUUCUUAGUGUUCCGCGUGCAUCUUCUAGCCGAUUUCUAUUCACUCUGUAACACACAAGUUCAAAAGACACUUUCUGUAUGCUGCC